AUGGAGUACACACCGCCCCCGAAGCCGCAGCUCUCGUCGCGGGCCAACGCCUUCUCCAUCGCCGCCCUGAUGUCGAGCGGCAGCUCCAAGGACAAGGAGGCCGCCGAGAGCACCAUCAAGCCGCUGGAGCAAUUCGUUGAGAAGUCCUCCUGCGCGCAGCCUCUGAGCGAUCUGUCCGGCCUGGAGCCCCACGGGGACUUCAGCGGCAGCCCCUCGGCCCUGUGUACCGAGCCCCUCAUCCCCACCACCCCCAUCAUCCCCAGCGAGGAGAUGGCCAAAAUCUCCUGCAGCCUGGAGACCAAGGAGCUGUGGGACAAGUUUCACGAGCUGGGCACGGAGAUGAUCAUCACCAAGUCCGGCAGGAGGAUGUUUCCCACGAUCAGGGUUUCUUUCUCGGGGGUGGAUCCUGAAGCCAAGUACAUCGUGCUAAUGGAUAUCGUUCCGGUGGACAAUAAGAGAUACAGAUAUGCCUACCACCGCUCCUCCUGGCUGGUGGCUGGGAAAGCCGACCCUCCGCUCCCAGCAAGGCUGUAUGUGCACCCCGACUCCCCGUUCACAGGUGAGCAGUUGCUGAAGCAGAUGGUGUCGUUUGAGAAGGUGAAGCUCACAAACAACGAGCUGGAUCAGCAUGGCCACAUCAUUUUAAACUCCAUGCACAAGUACCAGCCAAGAGUCCACAUCAUUAAGAAGAAAGAUCACACGGCUUCUUUGUUAAAUCUGAAAUCCGAAGAGUUCAGGACAUUUAUCUUUCCAGAGACAGUUUUUACUGCUGUCACAGCCUACCAGAAUCAAUUGAUAACCAAGUUGAAAAUUGACAGCAACCCUUUUGCCAAAGGAUUCCGCGACUCUUCCAGACUCACUGAUAUCGAGAGAGAAAGUGUGGAGAGCCUUAUCCAAAAGCAUUCCUAUGCCCGAUCCCCGAUUCGAACCUAUGGUGGAGAAGAUGAUCUGGGAGAUGACAGCCAGGCAACGCAAAGCAGAGGAUCAGCUUUUACAACAUCUGAUAACCUGUCCCUCAGUUCCUGGGUCUCCUCUUCAACCAGUUUUCCUGGAUUUCAGCAUCCCCAGUCUUUGAGCGCCCUGGGUACCAGCACUGCAUCCAUUGCUACGCCUAUUCCUCAUCCAAUCCAAGGAUCCUUGCCUCCCUACAGCCGCUUGGGAAUGCCUCUAACGCCCUCUGCGAUAGCCAGCUCCAUGCAAGGUACUGGCCCCACUUUCCCUUCUUUCCACAUGCCAAGGUACCACCAUUACUUUCAGCAGGGUCCUUAUGCAGCCAUCCAGGGACUGCGUCACUCCUCCGCAGUCAUGACACCGUUUGUAUGACUGAUGUAAGAUGACAGAAGCAUAAGAUUUUAAAUGUGCGAGCUUGGUAUGAAAAAAUAUAAGGGACCUUCUCAAAAGGCCUGCGGUGGGAGACUGCUGAACUCAAACCAGCUAAGAAAAUGCUUUGUGGAGAUUGAUUCCUCCAUUGAGGGAUCACAAGAAGAGAGCACGCAGCUUGGAGCUGCUCACAGACCUAUGUGUAACACAGUCAAAACAGAUCCCAGAGUUCCCAGGAUUUCUGGUCAUGUGCAGGUUGUUCCAAAGGUUCGUUAAGCCUCGUGGAAAGAGACUAUGUUUAUGCAGCAGUGUACAAAUUAAUUGUGUAUAAGUCUUUUUCUGUAUGCUAGAAGGAUUCUGAAAAAGGCAAUACUCUUAUUCAUCCUCACCUCUUCUUGUGACUAAUGAGCAUCUAAACAGAAAAAUGUAUCCCUGUAACUUUGAGCAUGUUUUAGGCUAUGGGAAUAGGAAUGGGACAAAGUGGAGAAAGGCCACUGUCCUUUUUAAAAGUCUGGCUUUUAUUC